AUGCAUCGAGAAUCAAGUAAAAUUUAUAGGACAUUUGCUUUAAUUUAUUUGAAUGCAACUUAUCCACAAAAUAAUGCUCGAACGACAACACUUAAACGACUUGGAUGUUUACCUGGUCAAUAUUACGUAAAUGGAAACUGUGAGUACUGCGAAGCUGGUACUUAUUCUCCAGGAUCAGACGAUUCUGUUUGUUACAAUUGUCCCAAUUUACAAUAUUCGUUGGGAAGUGCAUCUCAAUGUAAACAAUGUGACUUAUCAUGUCUCUCAUGUAACCCAAAAAAUGGACUAUGUACAUCAUGUCAGCCAGGAAAAGGGUUUUAUGCAACAUCUAGUAAGUGUUCAUCGUGUCAGCCUGGCUAUUAUUCACAAGGUGGAACUGGUGGAUAUAAAAUGUGCGCUGAAGGUUAUUACACUUCUUCAUAUGGAUCGUCAGAAUGUUUCAAAUGCAAUUCUUUGUGUGUAACUUGUUUUAAUACGGCAGAUGUAUGUAAAGUGUGUAUUGGUGGGUAUUACUUGUCAAAUUCUCAAUGUCUUGAAUGCCCUGCUGGAACGUACUCUGAAAAUGGUGUAUGUGAAACGUGUCCUACAUUAACAUAUUCCACUGGAGGCGAUAGUUAUUGUUCACAGUGUAGUAGUACAUGUAAAAGUUCAUGUUCCAACACAAAUGGUAAUUGUAAUGAUUGUAUUUCUGGGUAUGUUUUAAACAAUGGAAAAUGUAAAAUAUGUCCAGCUGGAACAUGUACAGAUUCAAAACAACAAUACUGUUCAAGUUGUUCUGCUGGUACUUAUUCACAAAGUGGAGCUUCUUUUUGUAUCACUUGUCAAACAAAUUAUUGGUCUACAACGACAUCUUCUUCCUGUACCAAAUGCGAUUCAUCUUGUAAAACUUGUAAUAAUGAAAAUGGGAAAUGUACUUCAUGUUAUUCUGGAUAUAAUUUUGUUUCAACUUCUGGUCAGUGUCUUGCGUGCGAUGCUGGAUAUUAUUCAAAAGGAGGACAGAAUUCCUGUUCUCAAUGUGAAGAAGGAACGUAUUCAUCACAUUCUGGUUCUUCGACUUGUACCAAUUGCGAUUCAUUAUGUAAAACGUGUUCUAAAACCACUGGUCAAUGUCUAACAUGUUAUUCUGGUUAUAUAGUUUCUGGAGGUAAUUGUGUAGCUUGUUCUGCUGGAACGUGCUCUUCAAAUAACAAAUGUGUAACGUGUCCUUUAUUAACAUAUUCGACUGGAGGUAAAAGUGUGUGUACAAAUUGCGACACCAGCUGUAAAAGCUGUGAUAACACAAAUGGAAAUUGUUUGUCUUGUUAUGACGGGAUGGCUAAAAAUGGGAAAACCUGUGUAGAAUGUGCAAAGGGAUAUUACAGUCAAAAUUACCAGUGUUUACAAUGUCAAACGGGUACAUUUUCAUCAUCCACAAAUACUUCAAGUUGUAUGGAAUGCUCUGAUAGAACCUUUUCGAAUAUUACGGGAAGUAUAUCAUGUACUCCAUGUAACGGUAUUUGUAAAAGUCCAUGUGAGAAAAAGACAGGUAAUUGUGUAGAUUGUCUUCCUGGCUAUAUUUUAAACAAUGGAAAAUGUUCAAUAUGUUUAGCUGGUACAUAUACAAAUUUAAAACAAUCAUAUUGUCUUACUUGUCUUGCUGGUACUUAUUCAUUAAAUGGUGCAUCGUCUUGUGAUCAAUGUCCAACAAAUUAUUGGUCUUCAUCUGGAAAUUCUAUGUGUUUUAAAUGCGUUUCAUCUUGUUUGACUUGUGAUAAAACAAAUGGGAAAUGCACUUCAUGUUAUUAUGGCAAUGCAUUGAGUUCAAACGGUAAUUGUAACUUAUGUCCAAUAGGUACAUCACUUUCUAAUGGAAAAUGUACAAGUUGUAGUGAAGGAACAUAUCAGGACAAAACUGGUCAACUUGUGUGUAAACCCUGUGACUCAAUUUGUCAAACUUGUUCAAAAACGACUGGAAAUUGCAUUACAUGUGUUGCUGGACAUGAAUUAAUAAAUAGUGUAUGUACCUCAUGUGAAGAGGGUAAGUACUCACUUGGAGGCAAUUCCGUGUGUGUAAAUUGUCCAUCCGAGUGUCAAACGUGUAUCAAAGAAAGUGGCACGUGUUCUUCAUGUAAAAAUGGGUUAAAGAGAGUCGGCGACGAAUGUGUGUCUUGUUCUGAUACAGGGAAGUGUCUUUCCUGUGAUUCAAAUAUAAUUGAAAGUGCAAGAAAGUGUUCUUCAUGUGAAGAAGAUAAUUAUUUGUAUGAAGGUUCCUGUUAUUUGUGUACCGAAAUUAACACAAAAUGUAUAAGAUGUUCAAGAACAACUAAAAGUUGUUACGAGUGUAGUGGAAGUUAUAUAUCAACUGGCGACAGUUGUGCAUUAUGUGCAGAAGGGAUUGUCAAAAGUGGGACUGUAAGUUGUGUCAAUUGUUAUGAAAAAAUUCCGAAUUGUAAGACGUGUGAUUACAAUAAUGGAACUAUCCAUUGCACUCUCUGCUUUGCGCCAUACAUUUUGAAUGAUAAUAAAUUGUCGUGUAUCGAUGCUAACAAUAAUAGCUACCACUACAAUUCAACAACAAAUAACGGUUCACCAAAUCAAGUUGGAUGUAUCAAACAAGUCGAUAAGACAUGUAUUUUGUGCAACGAAUCGUUAAUUAUAGAAAAGGGAGAGUGUUAUUACAUCAAAGGAAAUUGCACUCAAAAAUCAACAGUGACGUGUGAU